CCUAAAUAUAUUAGAGCAACACUCGCCGACGAAGAAAAUUAAUUUUUGUUGUUGUGUCCGGCAUUUAGAAUUAAGUUUAAAGUUAAAUACAUAUAAGCAUGUCGCCGUGGGGCAACAUUUGUCGCAUUUGCAGCAGCCCCGCAGACUAUGAGAUAUUUGCCAAGAUACCAACGUACUUGCAUGGCACAACAAAUGAAUUUCUCAACUGGCAGAAGCCGAUAAACAUAUUGCUGGAGGAGACAACGGGUUUGAAAAACUCUACUGACGAUGGACUGCCGCGUAAUAUCUGCGCUCCCUGCAUUUCGUAUCUAAAACAUGCGGUCACAUUCCGUGAGCAAUGCAUUAAAAAUGCACUCAGCCUUAAGCUGGCGGCGCUCUACCAACAAAAGUCGGUAAACAUAACGGAAAAGAGUAAAAAGGACAAGGAGAGUGCACUAUUUACGGCCGAGGAUCUCAGCUAUGUGGAGCAGCGACCGGUGCACAAUUUGCUGCUGAAUAACACCGUCAAGCUGGAGGGCAACAAGGACAAAGUGCACAAGCAAUUGCUCAAUCAGCAUGUGCCGCAGCUGACGGUGAACUCUGAGCAACGUACACAGUAUUUAAAUUUGCUUUACGACAAGCAGCAGCAGUGCAAAGCCAAGCAGGGCAGAGACAUGGAGCUGCCCAGCGGCAGUGGAGCGGGAAAUGGCAAUGGCAGCGGCACGGGCAACGAUCUUGUCGACGACGAGGAAGACUAUGCCGCCGUCAGCUCCAGCGAUGAGAACGAGGAGGCAGCUCUGCUGCGCAAGCACAAGAAUUGCUACAACUACAGCGAGACGAAUUUCGAGGAGGAUGAUCCCAUGGAGCAGGAUCAACUACGGGACAUCAAAGUCACCAUCCCCGAGCCCAUGUGGAAGGAGCGCAAGUGUCCGGCCUGCUUGAAGCGCUUCAUGUUCGAGGACUCCCAUCAGACGCAUCUGGACAACUGUGUCGAGUAUCAGUUCAUCACAUUCGUUACAGAAAUGACGAAAUUGCUGGAAAUUCGCAAGCAGAAAAUGGUCUCCCCACACGAAUUCAUUCGGAGAAUGAUCUUUGCGCUGCACAAAACCUGCACCUGGCUGCAGGAACAUUCCAUUGACACGCUGCUGGCGGAGAAACUCAAUCAAGUGAAGGUCUCCAAUGGUGAGAAGACAGCGGAAGCGACGGCUGUGCCUAGCCAGCCAGAGUUGGAGGUGAAGCUGGAGGACUUGUUCGACUUUACGAGUGGCACAACGACGCCCAUUACGGCGGAGAAUAAUGUUUUGUAUGCAAUUGCACGCUCGGAGAGCACUAAUUCCCAGUGUAAAGCGGAGGUAAGCAAUAAUUCCCCAAGAGCAUCGCUCGCGGGGGUGAAGAAACCCAUUCCGAUACGUGUUAAGCCCGCAAGUACUUCGAUUGGAAUGGGCCUGCGACCCUCGCCACAGCAGGGACUACGACCCAGUCCCAAUGGGGAAGCUCUUAGCUUGGGUUUGCGGCCACCAGCGCAGCAGCCACAGCAACAGCCAUCCAACGGCGACAAGCACAAGGAGCGCGUGACUUUCCUGGAAAAACUGCAGCGUGCGGCAGUCGUCACGCCCGGCUCGGGCACUCCACCCGCCCAGGCAGCCGCUCCGCCAACAUUUUCGGCCCGCUGUGGGCAGUGCAAUUUACCCUUUGACUCUGUCUCCGAUUUGGAGAUUCAUAAUAUUAAUUAUCACAACAGCCAAAACGAGAGCGAGCCCCACACAGACGACGAUGCCCAGCGGCGUCGCAUAAUUGCACUUUUCGAAGAUGAUUUAUAAAUAAGUGUGACCCCCCCUUAAGUGUAUAUCGUGAUGUAGUAAGGUAAAUAUUACAGUUAAUUUUUGUUUGUUUUGUUUUAUCCAAAGACUUGCCAAGUUCUGUCCUAAGUGUGAGGAAUUUUCUUCGGUUUUAUUUAUUUAUUUAUCGCUUGACAAAUUCUCAUUAAAUGACCAAUAAA